AUGCCGAGCUCGAUAGAUUGAUAGGCGAUGUCUGAUAUUUUAUUUCCCGCGAAAGAGACCCGCCACAGUGCUCACAGACUCGAGGGAAAAAGCUACGUGAUUUUUGUGAUUUCAGUUUGAGCUUCAGCCAAACACAAUGGGAAUUCACGGGCUUACUAAACUGAUCGCUGAUCAGGCCCCCGGUGCCAUCAAAGAGCAAGACAUCAAGAACUACUUUGGUAGGAAAAUUGCAAUAGAUGCCUCCAUGUGUAUCUACCAGUUCCUGAUCGCUGUGAGACAGGACGGGAACCUACUGCAGAAUGAGGAUGGCGAGACGACGAGCCACCUGAUGGGAAUGUUCUACCGGACGAUCCGCAUGCUGGAAUAUGGAAUCAAACCUGUGUACGUGUUUGACGGAAAGCCCCCACAGCUCAAGUCAGUAGAGUUGGAGAAGCGAGGGGAGAGGAGGGCGGAAGCUGAGAAGCAGCUCGCUCAAGCUCAGGAAAUGGGGGAGCAAGAGAAUAUCGACAAAUUCACCAGGCGUCUGGUAAAAGUGACCAAGCAUCAUAACGACGAGUGCAAGAAGCUGCUGACCCUGAUGGGAGUGCCCUACGUUGAGGCUCCGUGUGAGGCGGAGGCCAGCUGUGCUGCUCUGGUUAAAGCAGGGAAGGUGUUUGGAACAGCAACGGAGGAUAUGGACGGGCUGACCUUUGGGACAAAUAUCCUGCUCAGACACAUGACCGCCAGUGAAGCAAAGAAACUUCCUAUCCAGGAGUUCCACUUCAGUCGCAUCCUGCAGGACAUCGGCCUCACCAAUGAACAGUUCAUAGACCUGUGUAUCCUUCUGGGCUGUGACUACUGUGGCACCAUCAAGGGAAUCGGUCCCAAGAGGGCCAUCGAUCUGAUCAAGCAGCACGGCAGCAUUGAGGAGAUCCUGGAAAACAUCGACACCAAGAAGCACCCCCCUCCAGAGGACUGGCUGUAUAGAGAGGCCAGAGCUUUGUUUUUAAAUGCAGAAGUGGUGGAUUGUACCACUGUGGAUCUGAAGUGGGGGGAGCCGGAUGAGGAGGGGCUGAUCCAGUACAUGUGUAGCGAGAAACAGUUCAGCGAGGACAGGAUCCGUAACGGCUGUAAGAAGAUCUCCAAGAGCCGACAGGGCAGCACUCAGGGACGACUCGACUCUUUCUUCAGCGUCACCGGGUCUCUGUCCUCCAAGCGGAAGGAACCUGAGCUUAAAGGAUCUGCAAAGAAGAAGCAGAAGACCGGAGCCACGCCGGGCAAAUUCAAGAAGGGGAGAUAGACUGAGCAUUGGGCUCCUUGUGAUUCCUUUUAGAUUUCAUAUUGUAAUAAAUAUCAUCCUAUUAAAUAAAAAGUGUUAAAACCAACGUUUGGCUCCAGGUGAGGCAGGAGAAAGCUGCAUGUUACAGGUUCAGCUGAACAAUCCUGUAUGUACAUGACCAACUGGAUUUUGUUGAUGUUAAAAAAAUAUCUAAAUAAGUGUUUGAGGCUUUUUUCAAAGUAUGUUUUCCGGUAUUGAAUAAAAGCAUAUUUAUAAA